GCCUACAGAAAAGGGAGAGCAAAAGACAGAAGGAAAGAAAGAAAGCAGGAAACCCAACGUCAACAAUCCCAUAACUCGCUCCAGCUCAUUCAUUUUUCUUCUCCCAGCAGCUCUGGGGAAGGGAUCGAGUGGCGUGGUCUCAGAGACUCUCCUACUCUCCAUUGCUGCGUCUUGAGGACAUGGCGCUGAGCAUCCCAGGAACUGUUCCUCUCUGUACCAUUCGUCUUGGAAUUCUACUCAUGGCGUAUGCUUUCCCUGCUGAAGCUGGGCUUUCUCAGAAGCACGGUCCAGAUAUUGUUGAUGACAGCAAGGACAAUAUCACCAUCUUCACACGCAUUCUGGACCGGCUGUUGGAUGGGUAUGACAAUCGGCUGAGACCUGGACUCGGAGACAGCGUAACUGAAGUCAAGACAGACAUUUAUGUGACGAGUUUCGGCCCUGUCUCAGACACAGACAUGGAAUACACCAUUGAUGUCUUUUUCCGGCAGUCCUGGAGAGACGAGCGGCUUAAGUUUGAUGGCCCCAUGAAGGUCCUCCCCCUUAACAACCUGCUGGCCAGUAAGAUCUGGACUCCUGACACCUUCUUUCACAAUGGCAAGAAAUCAGUGGCCCACAACAUGACCACACCCAACAAGCUGCUGCGCCUGGUAGACAAUGGCACCCUUCUGUACACCAUGAGGUUAACCAUUCACGCUGAGUGCCCCAUGCACCUGGAGGAUUUCCCAAUGGAUGUGCAUGCCUGCCCGCUGAAAUUUGGGAGCUAUGCCUAUACGAAGACGGAGGUAAUCUACACCUGGACGCUGGGGAAGGAUAAAUCAGUGGAAGUGGCCAAAGGUGGAUCUCGCCUGAAUCAGUAUGACCUCCUGGGCCAUGUGGUCGGAACAGAGAUGGUCCGAUCCAGUACAGGGGAAUAUGUCGUCAUGACCACGCACUUUCACCUCAAGCGGAAGAUUGGGUACUUUGUGAUCCAGACGUACCUGCCCUGCAUUAUGACAGUCAUCCUAUCACAGGUUUCCUUCUGGCUUAACAGGGAGUCUGUUCCCGCCCGGACUGUAUUCGGUGUCACCACCGUCCUCACCAUGACCACACUGAGCAUCAGCGCCAGAAACUCCUUACCGAAAGUGGCGUACGCGACGGCCAUGGAUUGGUUCAUAGCCGUCUGUUACGCCUUCGUGUUUUCUGCGCUGAUCGAGUUUGCCACUGUCAACUACUUCACCAAGCGGAGCUGGGCCUGGGAUGGCAAGAAGGUGCUGGAGGCCCAGGAGAUGAAGGUGAAAAAAAGAGCCGGUGGUGCUGGCCAAGAAAGCCAACAACACCUACAACAUCGUGGGCACAACGUACGCCCUCAACAUCGCCAAGGACCCCAGCUUGCCCACCAUCUCCAAGAGCGCCACCGCCACCGCCACCGUGUCCCCCAAGGGCCCCCGCGUGGAGGAGAAGCCCCCAGAAAGCAAGAAGACCUACAACAGCGUCAGCAAGGUGGACAAGAUGUCGCGCAUUGUCUUCCCUGUCCUCUUCGCCAUUUUCAACCUGGUCUACUGGGCCACGUAUGUAAACCGGGAGUCAGCCAUCAAGGGCAUGAUCCCCAAACAAUAACCCAGCCACACAAACCUUCCAUCUAUAAAUGCCAUCCAGGCAGGAAUUCUCGGGGGCUUUCAUCUUCUUCUUUGUUUGAUUUUUUAUUAUUAUUAAUAAGAUUAAUUUGACUUAUCUUGAUUAUUAUUAGAGCAUUUUUAAUGUAAACAAAACUGUGAUAUUUAUUUAACCCCUUUUUGGUUUAUUUUAGUUUAUUUUUGCUGUUGAUGUUAAAAAAGGAUCCGAAAAAAAGUGUGCCUCUAACAUCGUGGGUCUGAUGUUCCCCCCGCCCAUGUCUCUCCCUCUCCACUCCCUGUGAAAUGAAAGCUGCUUGCAUGCUGUUUUCAUUCCAUGCUAAGCUGGUAUGUUUUUCAACCUCACUCCCACGCUGCGAUAGACUGCUCUGGUUUUGUGGAUCCCUAUUGCUUAGAUACUCCUGGCAACGUAGGGACUUCAAGGAUGCAAUGACCUCUGUGGACAUCCUGCCAGUUGGGCUGACUUACUGUGUUAUUCUUUGCUUUAGCUUUAUUCUUAGAGCAGCGACUGGUUUGUGAGCUGUUCAGGGAGCUGCAUAGCCUCCACUGCAAGGCAGCCUCUGUGUUACCAUAGUCAGCUGCCAUUAGGGGACAACCAUGUAGCGUUCAUGUUUGAACACAAAGGGUGAGACCGUAGCUGUGGUGUAACUGGCUGUAGUGUCAUGUAGACAUCUUCAGGGCUGCCAAUUCUCCAUCUUCACCCAAUCAUCUCCCUUCCAUCCUCCUUCCUUCUCUCCAGGCAGAACCGAGCACCCCUGUCAGAGGGUCCUCUUCCACUGCAGUUCUACCACCCUCUCCUACUGGAGUGAAAACAAGCAGGACGUUGGUUAUUUGUGCCUCCAGAGGGCACCUCAUAUGGUGCUUUCCAUUAGACAGAGAGAUACGUAAGUGUCCUCAGGGUGAAUCAGUGAUUGAUCUCCUUGAGGAGCACCAGAAGCAGAAGAGCGGUUUCCAAAGCCUUGGAAAGUUAUAAGCUGGAAGGGAAUGUGUGGGCUGUUGGGUGGCUUUAUUUUUUUCCUGUUGUUCCAAUCCCCUUGCCUCCAUCUCCUCCUCCUCUUGAUUAACUUUUUGCCUCCCCACUCCCAUUCCUCCAAAAUCAUCCUUUCUCCUGCCACCAGCUACAAGCUUUUACAGACCUCACCGUUAGCAGCAGCAUGGCACCAAGACGUGCAGUCCCACUGGAGCCCAGCCCAGGAAGCAUCUUUGCUCCUAUAGGGUGGAGACCUAGUGCAGUGGCAAUGUUGGCCCUUGGCUAUGAAAAAAUAAGACUGUCUCCUGACAAGGGGGAGAGGAGAUCCUGACUUGGGGGCAGGGGUGACAAGGAGUUGCGACCCGUGUAAAUCAGGAGUGACUCUAUUGAAGCCAAUGGAGUUUGGCCAGCGAGAUCAGAACCAGACCUGAAUCCCUAGGCUGCUCCCUUUGAGAGAGGCUUUUACCCCCUCCCACCAGCCGGAGGCAUCCAUACCUUCCCCAACAGCUGUGCCGAUACGCUGGGAUCCCAGCUGUCCUUUCCUCCUCCCGUCCCCUUCCCCACUAGUCUGGACAUACGGACACACUGCCCAACCAUCGGGAAUUACAUGCUGCAUCUGGUACACCCUCCUGCCCCCAGCCAGUGCUGAUUCUUCAGUGUCACCUUCAUCUGCCCCCGUGCAGUCAUGUGGCCUCUGCGAGGAAGCUUGGUGGGCAAAGGCUUAAUUGAUUAUUAAGAACAGUACAUGCCCUCCUGCAAUAUUCAUGGGGACUGCAGGACCAGAGCAGGGAAGCACAGGAAAUUUAGGGCUAGACUGUGCAACCGUUGCUCAUGUGGACGAGCUCUUAUUACAUAGACAUGCUCCCACAGCUUCUUAUCCCUCCACUGUCUCAAUGGCAGCAUUGCUACAACAGGGGGAAGGGAAGGACGCAUGCUACUGAGCUGGCUGUCCUCUCACAGCCACUGCAACAGGAGCCUAGGAAUGGCCAGACUAGAUCAAAUCCAUGCUCCAUCUGGUGCACGAUCCUAUCUCUGACUUUUCCCAGCCCCGGAGAAAGGUACAAGAACCCCACAAUAGGCAGAUGUGGGAUAAUCUGACAUCCACAGGCUUGCACUCCCCUCUGCUCAAGGGCGAGUGAGGAGCAUACAGACCCCGAAUGCAUCUGACAUUUCCUCAGUGCCUGUCAUGCCAGAGAGCUGACUCAGCUCCCAGCAAGGGCUUGCCUCACCUGCCGCUGCAGGAAGUGACGCUGGGGUGGGGUACGGCAGCUGUGUCAGUUUACAUCAGUGACAGACAACGAAAAGGUGACGACAACUAGGGCACAUCAGGGAGGCUUCAGAGGACCUUCAAGUGUUAGAAUUUGCCAGGAUUUAGGAGCUAACCCCACAGCUUUUGCCACCUC